AUGUAUUGGAGAAGCUCAUGGUGGGACGCUAAACCUUACCCAUCAUGCAAGGAGAUCAAUUUAAAUGAGGGCAUGGUCAUAUCACAUGAUCCAGACUAUCCAGUACAAUACAUUCUGCAAGCGCAAUACGUGCAAAACUGCUAUCAUGACGCAAUACCCGUUCUAAAUACCAAUGUGGGACUAGUGAUUGACAAAUUCACGAGACCUUUACCUAUAGUCGCAGAGUCAUGGGCCAACUUUACCCACCACAACACUCGAGGGUUAUUUAGCUACAGUGUCGUAUCCAUAGUCUAUGCAAUAGCUGUACUGGCUGUCAUCACUUGGUUUCUCACAAUAUUUGUGUUUACAAACUAUACCAUUAAACCGUCGUGGUUGUUGAAAUUGUCGACUUUGCUCUCAUCGGUCUACAUCUUGGUGGUUGUCAUCAAAUCAAUAAUUAUUCUUCACAUGCAACAGCGUGAGGGGUAUCUUCAUGGAGCAAAAGUCUUGAGUGAAAUAAACGAAAACAAGGCCGUCAAUAUAAUUGAUUUGAUUGUGGUUUUACUCUUACAAAUUAAUCAAGUGCAAAUAAUAAUGAGGUUGUUUCAGCGACAAAAGGACAAACGGCUUACGUUUUAUGUUGGCUGUGCUGCGUCCAUUGCAUCGCAGGUCAUUUGGAGUAUUGCACAGUUCCAUUAUUUUGACGUAAACAACGAGGCGGGGGAUAUAUUGCCUGCGUUCAUUUACUUGGUGAGAAUAGCCAUGGCUUUAUGCUAUGCUGCCAUCAUUACAGUCUACUUCAUCAGUAAGAUUCAAAUAAUUUUAGCGAACCGACGUAUUUGGCUAUUGACGCUUCUCACAUUGAUUUUAAUUUACAGCCCCGUUGCGUUUUUCAUUGCCGAUGUGUCGAAUGCGUUUAUUUACGAGUUGUCCGAAAUCUUUUCGGUGGUCAACUAUGUGAUUGGUGUAGUGAUACCAUGGGAAUGGUGCAACAAAUUCAACCUUAUUAUGAGAGCAAAGGAAAAAGAAGGCGUUCUUGGUCGAAGAUUUUACGAAGAUGAGUCGUAUGAGCUCGAUAGGUUUGAACUUUUCGUCGAAGAGCAAAUACCGUUGGAUGAUGAUGACGAAGAAGGAGAAGAAGAAGAAGAAGAAGAAAAUGAUGAUGGUGGUGAUGAUGAACAUGGUGGAAGAGCAUCGAAUGACACUGGUGGUGAUAUUGAGGCAGCUCGGUCAAGAAGAAUUCUGAACCAAUCACGAAACUCUCGAUUACAUGAGCAAGGAGACUUACAGGCUGGUGGAACAUCCGCUACAAGAAAGGUGCUAAAUGCUUUGCAAAUAUCUAAGCAGGCAUUUUUGUCGCUAACGGAUACCAUUAUAGCAGCUGGCUUUGCUAUUCCUAGAUCUGUAAGCGUUUCAACACAUUCGUUCAGCGGCAGAUCAAAAGACAAUCAUCCAAUCGAGUCUCAUGAAAUAGCUCAUCCUGCACCACAAACUAUCAAUGUUGCCGCUGGUAGGUCUGAUGUGGAUGGUGUCACCACUGAGGGACCGCUGGAUUUCAACACCAUUGCCUCUACAACCAGCAGAAACAGAAGAAAUGUCUACGUGUAUGCGAAAAAAGAGGUUGUUGUCGAUCUUUCAAGUCAAGAGGAAGAACAUUAA